AUGUCCACCGCCGUUGUUUCCUCCGCCGCCUCCGUCCACGGCUCUGACAGCGGCUUAUCCACUGCCACACUGUCUCGGAAGUCUAUCAGACGUGAGGUAGACGUCGUCGCUGGCGUGACCGUGAGGGAAAGGAACAAGCAGAGCCUCACGGUCUGCGUUGUCCGCGAAGAGAGUCUUCACAAGCUGGAAAUGGCUUGCAAAUACAUUCGAGGAAUAUUCGAACGAGACACUCCGCCCAUGCUCUUCACCACCGUCGAGCUCCUCCAGCAAACUAUCGACGCCGCCGAGCUCUCAGCCAAGCACCGCGUCCUCAACCUCCUCUUCAGCCCCGAGAUCGAGGAGGUCACCUUCGACGUUCCCCCGCACUUCAGCCAGCUCAAGGUGCUGCGGUGCGCGGACCGCCGCGACCACGGAAAGCUGUUCGUCGACGGCGCCGCCACGUACAACAACGUGCGCCUCGACAAGUGGCAGGCUCACCGGCACAAGAACCACACGCUCAUCAUCGGCGACGAGCGCGGCGUGCGCAUCAAGCUCAGCGACAUCGUCACGCUGCCGCACUGGGCACGGUGCCGCAACAACUUUGACGGCGCGGAGCAGAACGAAAUCUUCCAGCAUUUCCAGAACCUGUCGGGCAAGAGCCGCUGGGAGGACGUGAAGGGCAUCGUGUCGUCGAUUUUGGGGCUGGCGACGGGGGCGGCGAAGCUCGGCGUGAGGCUGAGCGGCGCCGCGGGCGGGAUUUAUGCGAAGUACACGUUCGGACUGCAUGCGUUGGAGAUUGGGGCUGCGGGUGUGAAGGUCAGCGCUGUUGCGACGGCGGCAGGCUCUGCUGUCGUGCUGGGGGUGGCGGCUGGAGCUGCGGUUUACUUCAUACCCUGGGAGGGCCUGUUUGAGUGGUUGAAGAGGGCGUUUUUCAGUUUUUGGGACAAGAUUUGCUCGCUCUGGCAGCGGUUCAAGGGCUGGGUUGUGGAUCUGUUCACCGGCGGAUCUGAAGUGGAGAGCAAGCAGAAGAUGCUGGUCAAAAUGAGGUAG